CUUUUCUUUCUUAUAUAAAUUAUAAAUAGUACUAUUUUUCACCUCUAACUCCUUAUAGUAAUUCUCAUGCAUUCAACUUCAACUCAAAAUUACCAAAAGUGUCACUUUUUUUCUCCUCCCAAAUUAUUCAACAUGAAACAAAAUUGCAAAAAUGGACACAAAUUAUGCAUAGUACUUUUCUUAUUCUUCUUCUUCUCUGUGUUCUUCAUGUAUAGUGAAGAUGUCAAUUCCAUUUCCCAAUUCCAAUUCAUCUCAAGCCCUAAAAUUCGAGAAAAAUCUUCAAAUAAAUCAAAUGGGAUUCAAGAAAUUUCCAAGAUUCUUGGAAAACAGAGCAAAAAUUCCUCUGUUUUGAUAAAUUCAAGAAGUGAAAAUGAAGAAAAGGAAGAGGAAAUUGAGUUGCCACCAGAAAGUUGUGAUCUUUUUACUGGGCAAUGGGUUUAUGAUAAUGUUAGUCAUCCAAUUUAUAAAGAAAAUGAAUGCAAGUUUCUAACAGAACAAGUUACUUGUUUGAAGAAUGGAAGAAAUGAUUCUUUGUUUCAGAAUUGGAGGUGGCAGCCUAGAGAUUGUUCUUUACCCAAUUUUAGACCAAGAUUGCUACUUGAAAAGCUGAGGAAUAAGAGAUUAAUGUUUGUGGGAGAUUCAUUGAAUAGGAAUCAAUGGGAAUCUAUGAUUUGUUUGCUUCAAUCUGGGGUUCCUUUCAGCUGGAAAAAAUAUAAAAGGAUUGACCAUUUAUCAGUUUUCAUGAUUGAGGAAUAUAAUGCCACGGUGGAAUUUUAUUGGGCUCCAUAUAUUGUGGAGUCAAAUUCAGAUGAUCCAACAUUACAUAGCAUUUUGACCAGACUCAUCAUGCCAGAAUCAAUUGAAAAACAUGGGAAUAAUUGGAAAAAUGUGGAUUAUCUCAUUUUUAAUACUUACGUUUGGUGGAUGAAUGGUGGCACCAUGAAAGUUUUACGAGGAUCAUUUGAUGAAGGAUCGACAGAAUAUGAUGAGAUUGAUAGGACAAUAGCUUAUAGAAGAGUUUUGACAACAUGGUCCCAAUGGGUGGAAAACAAUGUAGAUCCCAAUAGGACACGUGUCUUCUUCAUGAGCAUGUCACCAAUGCAUAUCAAGAGUAGAGAUUGGAACAAUCCAAAUGGGAUAAAAUGUGCAAAGGAGACAACACCAGUACUGAACAUGUCAAUGCCACUAAAUGUUGGGACAGAUAAGAGGCUAUUUGCUAUAGCAUCAAAUGUGACAAAAUCAAUGGAAUUCCCUGUAUAUUUCAUGAAUAUCACACGUAUAUCAGAGUAUAGAAAAGAUGCACACACUUCAUUAUACACAAUUCGACAAGGCAAAAUGUUAACGCCCGAGCAGCAAGCUGAUCCAGCUACGUAUGCUGAUUGUAUUCAUUGGUGUCUACCGGGAUUGCCCGACACGUGGAACGAGUUUUUGUAUACUCGUAUAAUGUCCCGUUCUUGAUUUUUUUUCUAAUUGAAGAACGUCAAUGAUAAUUGAACUCGCUCAUAUUGUGUGAGAAAAUCUCACUGAUAUACCAUUGGGUAUACAUUUUUUUUGUUGGUUCUUCUUAGUACUAGUUGAUUUAGAGUUGGACAUUGUGAUUUUGUGCUCAUUUGGGCUUGUAAAUUUGAGAAAAUUGUAUGUAACUAAGCCAGAACUUGUGUCCUGUUUUCAUUUUAUGUGAAAUGUCAUAUAUACAUAGAAAUUGUAGCA